CUAAACACACAGCUACCUUCCUUAUCAUUAAUCAAUACCCGGAGGUAUUAUAGCUGACCUGAAACGCCAUGCCGCCCAAGAAGGCCCCCGAGCCGGUCGAGCUAUCCACGCCAAAAUUGAUAGGGCACGUUGUACUGCUAUUAAUCUGCAUUACACUUCUCGUCAUUGGGGGCCUGGGCAUGCAUGUCCUGCUCGACGCUGAGAAUACCAGCCCCGUCACCCGGAGCGAGUUUGGGCGGCUGUACCGGCGCCUCAUAGCCGUGAACCCCUUCUUCUCGGCGAUGUUUGUGAACGGCGGCCUGAUCGGUACGCUGUACGCGCUCAUCACGCUGUCGGGGCAUAGAGCUGCGCUCAAGAAGUCUAAGGCCGCGGCGGCGGCUGGGGCAAAGAAGAAGAAGGAGGAGACGAAGAAGGACAAGUAAAAUUGGUGGGAGGUGCUUGCAAGCUACCAGCCGUACGGCGUCAUCCGCUUGGGAGGUUUGCAUGAGGGUUUGAGACGUGUACAUUGUGCCAGAACGUAAGUGAAGUACAUGAACUGAGCGAUGACGUUCCGAAUGGCGGCGUGGCGGGUUGGGGCAACGGCCCGGUGGGGGGUAACGACACGCUUCGGACACGGUCUCUGACGUGCUCAGCAGGUCUCUGACGUGCUGAGCAGGCCUGAGAACAGGCACGGUUUCACGCGCAGGCAUGAGCAUAGCUUGGAAAUAGUCCAUGCAGUGCAACUUUAACUUUAUGACUCUGGAGCUAUGGCGAGAAUUGCAAAGUUGUGGGCUUGCGCGACUUACACGGCAGUUCCGGUGGUGCGGCACGCUACUAGCAUGUGUCGCACGGUUAGGUCGGCCCGUGGAGCGAGGAUGUCAGAGCAUCGGUAUGUGCGUUGAGUUUAUAGACCUUGGCCUUGAAAGGCGCUGGCGCAUGAGUGAUGAGUACAAGAACGGGGGAGGAGGAAGUGAAGGUCGUCAGGAAGGUCGUGCCAAGGGGCGAGUGCCGAGUGGGUACCGCAUGUCGGCAUGCAAUGCGCGGAGCGCUGGGACAGGGGACCUGAGGACUUUUCGCUGUAACUGGAUAGCCAU